AUGUGCUCGCCGAGCACAUCGAAUGUUCGUUUUAUUACAUUUAUAAACACAAGCUAUAUCGAGGCUGGAAAUCUGGAGAACGUUUUCAAUGUUCUGUUAAAAUUGGAAGUUGUAGGAUUACUUUUAAGCUUUCUGGAAUUCCUCUACACUUUCUACCUCCUGAUUUUCGUUCGAGCCAUGCAUUUCAACCUGACUUUUCUUUUUAUAAACUACGGAGGUCAAUAUUUUGGAUCAAUGGUUUCUAGACUAAUCAUAAUUUAUAUGCAGUUGAAUCCAAACAGUUGGCUGCCGGUGCUCUUCCACGUCAUUUCCUUUUUCAUCGUCAAUAUUAUUGGCUAUAUCGGCGUUGAGUUUUGUUUUCUCUACAAUUCCAAACGAUACAAGAAGUUCUCCAUCGGUCCUGCGAAUUUCGUCUACGGACUCAGCGAACGAUUCCAACUGGCUGAGAAUAUCAAAAUGUGUAAAGUCCUAAAAAAAGUACAAAUUUCAAUUCUAUUCUUCAAUAUUGGUUGCUCAUCUAUUCUUCUAAUGGAUUACUUUGAAGUUGACAUAAUGCUCACCUAUAUUUCAUACGUGGCGUUCAACUUUUUGGCACUAGUAUACGGUAUCACAAUACCAAUAAUUGUCCAUUUUUUGCUACCAGAAUGGCAAAAAGAGACGCGGAGACUGGUAAUUCAUUCAUUUUGCUGCAAAACUCAAGCAAUUGAAGAGAUUCCCAAAUCAACGUUCGGCGAAAAAAUGAUCUAUCAUGAUCACAAACAAGAAGCGAAUAUAUAUUUCAAUCAAUUCAAUAAAGCUACUCAUUGA